AUGUCGUACACAAGAAAGAAAAAAUUUUCACGUUUGGGUUUGGGUUUGGGUUUGGGUUUGGGUUUGGGUUUGGGUUUGGGUUUGGGUUUGGGUUUGGGUUUGGGUUUGGGUUUGGGUUUGGGUUUGGGUUUGGGUUUGGGUUUGGGUUUGGGUUUGGGUUUGGGUUUGGGUUUGGGUUUGGGUUUGGGUUUGGGUUUGGGUUUGGGUUUGGGUUUGGGUUUGGGUUUGGGUUUGGGUUUGGGUUUGGGUUUGGGUUUGGGUUUGGGUUUGGGUUUGGGUUUGGGUUUGGGUUUGGGUUUGGGUUUGGGUUUGGGUUUGGGUUUGGGUUUGGGUUUGGGUUUGGGUUUGGGUUUGGGUUUGGGUUUGGGUUUGGGUUUGGGUUUGGGUUUGGGUUUGGGUUUGGGUUUGGGUUUGGGUUUGGGUUUGGGUUUGGGUUUGGGUUUGGGUUUGGGUUUGGGUUUGGGUUUGGGUUUGGGUUUGGGUUUGGGUUUGGGUUUGGGUUUGGGUUUGGGUUUGGGUUUGGGUUUGGGUUUGGGUUUGGGUUUGGGUUUGGGUUUGGGUUUGGGUUUGGGUUUGGGUUUGGGUUUGGGUUUGGGUUUGGGUUUGGGUUUGGGUUUGGGUUUGGGUUUGGGUUUGGGUUUGGGUUUGGGUUUGGGUUUGGGUUUGGGUUUGGGUUUGGGUUUGGGUUUGGGUUUGGGUUUGGGUUUGGGUUUGGGUUUGGGUUUGGGUUUGGGUUUGGGUUUGGGUUUGGGUUUGGGUUUGGGUUUGGGUUUGGGUUUGGGUUUGGGUUUGGGUUUGGGUUUGGGUUUGGGUUUGGGUUUGGGUUUGGGUUUGGGUUUGGGUUUGGGUUUGGGUUUGGGUUUGGGUUUGGGUUUGGGUUUGGGUUUGGGUUUGGGUUUGGGUUUGGGUUUGGGUUUGGGUUUGGGUUUGGGUUUGGGUUUGGGUUUGGGUUUGGGUUUGGGUUUGGGUUUGGGUUUGGGUUUGGGUUUGGGUUUGGGUUUGGGUUUGGGUUUGGGUUUGGGUUUGGGUUUGGGUUUGGGUUUGGGUUUGGGUUUGGGUUUGGGUUUGGGUUUGGGUUUGGGUUUGGGUUUGGGUUUGGGUUUGGGUUUGGGUUUGGGUUUGGGUUUGGGUUUGGGUUUGGGUUUGGGUUUGGGUUUGGGUUUGGGUUUGGGUUUGGGUUUGGGUUUGGGUUUGGGUUUGGGUUUGGGUUUGGGUUUGGGUUUGGGUUUGGGUUUGGGUUUGGGUUUGGGUUUGGGUUUGGGUUUGGGUUUGGGUUUGGGUUUGGGUUUGGGUUUGGGUUUGGGUUUGGGUUUGGGUUUGGGUUUGGGUUUGGGUUUGGGUUUGGGUUUGGGCCUGGGCCUGGGCCUGGGCCUGGGUUUGGGCCUGGGCCUGGGCCUGGGCCUGGGCCUGGGCCUGGGCCUGGGCCUGGGCCUGGGCCUGGGCCUGGGGCCUGGGCCUGGGCCUGGGCCUGGGCCUGGGCCUGGGCCUGGGCCUGGGCCUGGGCCUGGGCCUGGGCCUGGGCCUGGGCCUGGGCCUGGGUCUGGGGGCCUGGGCCUGGGCCUGGGCCUGGGCCUGGGCCUGGGCCUGGGCCUGGGCCUGGGCCUGGGCCUGGGCCUGGGCCUGGGCCUGGGCCUGGGCCUGGGCCUGGGCCUGGGCCUGGGCCUGGGCCUGGGCCUGGGCCUGGGCCUGGGCCUGGGCCUGGGCCUGGGUUUGGGCCUGGGCCUGGGCCUGGGCCUGGGCCUGGGCCUGGGCCUGGGCCUGGGCCUGGGCCUGGGCCUGGGUUUGGGCCUGGGCCUGGGCCUGGGCCUGGGCCUGGGUUUGGGCCUGGGCCUGGGCCUGGGUUUGGGUUUGGGUUUGGGUUUGGGUUUGGGUUUGGGUUUGGGUUUGGGUUUGGGUUUGGGUUUGGGCUUGGGUUUGGGUUUGGGUUUGGGUUUGGGUUUGGGUUUGGGUUUGGGUUUGGGUUUGGGUUUGGGUUUGGGUUUGGGUUUGGGUUUGGGUUUGGGUUUGGGUUUGGGUUUGGGUUUGGGUUUGGGUUUGGGUUUGGGCUUGGGUUUGGGUUUGGGUUUGGGUUUGGGUUUGGGUUUGGGUUUGGGUUUGGGUUUGGGUUUGGGUUUGGGUUUGGGUUUGGGUUUGGGUUUGCUUGGGUUGGGUUUGGGCCUGGGUUUGGGUUUGG